AUGAUGUCUUAUCUUAAGCAACCACCUUAUGCAGUCAAUGGCCUGAGUCUCACAACCUCGGGCAUGGAUUUGUUGCAUCCGUCCGUCGGUUAUCCCGGUAAGCCACGGUCUCUGGCUCCUUUCGCAGCCACCCCGCGAAAGCAGCGGCGGGAGCGCACGACCUUCACCCGGGCGCAGCUGGAUGUGCUGGAGGCUCUUUUCGCCAAGACGCGCUACCCCGACAUCUUCAUGCGGGAGGAGGUGGCCCUGAAAAUCAACCUGCCCGAGUCCAGAGUGCAGGUGUGGUUUAAAAACCGCCGAGCCAAGUGCCGGCAGCAGCAGCAGCAGCAGCAGAACGGGGGCCAGAACAAGGUACGGCCGGCUAAAAAGAAGAAUUCGCCAGCUCGGGAAGUGAGUUCGGAGAGUGGGACCAGCGGGCAGUUCACUCCCCCCUCCAGCACCUCAGUCCCCACCAUUUCCAGCAGCAGUGCCCCCGUGUCCAUCUGGAGCCCAGCGUCCAUCUCCCCGCUCUCAGACCCCCUGUCCACCUCUUCCUCCUGCAUGCAGAGAUCCUAUCCCAUGACCUACACCCAGGCAUCAGGCUACAGCCAAGGAUACGCUGGAUCGACCUCCUAUUUCGGAGGGAUGGACUGUGGAUCUUACUUGACCCCUAUGCACCACCAGCUCCCUGGGCCGGGGGCCGCCCUGAGUCCCAUGGGUGCCAACGCGGUCACCAGCCACCUCAACCAGUCUCCAGCCUCCCUCUCCACCCAGGGCUAUGGAGCCUCCAGUUUGGGCUUUAACUCCACCACCGAUUGCUUGGAUUAUAAAGACCAAACCGCCUCCUGGAAGUUAAACUUCAAUGCUGACUGCUUGGAUUAUAAGGACCAGACAUCAUCAUGGAAGUUCCAGGUUUUGUGA